AACAGACAAAGCUCUACAACUGUAUCAGCAGGAAGUGAAAAGGAAAACAGAAACAUUAAAUAAAUUGUGGUCUGUUCUAUCAGAUCUGAUUGAGACAAUUCCAGUCUUAGACAGAAGUGUUCACGUGUUGGAAGCAUUCGUCAAAGAGCUCAGAGACAAAUUUGGCAAUUAUAAACGUUUGACAGAAGAGUUUAGUGAAUUUCUAUUAACGACUCGGACAAAAGAUAGUCUCCGUGCAAGAGAUGAACGCCACCACCUAUUGCAAUCUCAGGAUACAAUCAUUCGGAGCAAGUUAGAGGUAUUGACGGUCUUGAUACAGGAUGCGAUGGAAAUUGAGUCGGUACGCUCGCGACGUAGCAACGCAGUUUCCACGACUAGCUCUCAGGCCGCAAGGGCUCGUGCAAAGGCUGAAGCGGCUAAGGUUCGCAUGGAAUUUAUUCAUAGAGAGUCUGAGUUAAAAUUAAAGAAAGUGACACUUGAAAAUGAAGGUGAAAUGCUGAAUGCUCAGAAAGAGAUUGCAGUGGCAGAGGCAGAGGCUGAAGCUCUGGACCCCGAUUACACGAACAGUUUGAAAGAAGGCUCUCAGUCAAACCUCAGUUUACUUCCCAAGGACGAGUCGAAGGAAAGAACUACAGACUAUGUAAACAAAUUACAAACAGGAGGCACAAUGUUAGAUCCUAGAGUGGAACCCUAUGUCCCUGUCGCAGCGACACCUGGAGGAGAGUACGAAAGAAUGGCUAUAGCAACCGAACUUACUCGGCUGCUACUGAAAAAAGACUUACUGUUUUCAAGCCUCACUAAUUUUAACGGCAAUCCGGAGUUGUAUCGCACAUGGAAAUCUAGCUUUCACUCGAAAAUGCGAGAGCUGGAUGUGACCUCCGUGGAAGAAAUAGAUCUUCUAGUAAAGUGGACUAGUAAUGAAGUUCAGAAAGACGUACUAAGUCUGAAGGCGGCUAAUGCUGAUGAUCCCGGGAAGGGACUUCGUCAAAUAUGGGAGCGCCUUGGUGAGCGGUACGGUUCACCUGAGAUGGUAGAGGCUUCACUCAAGCGAAGGUUGGAAAGCUUUCCAAGGUUAACUAACAAGGAGCCCAAACGCCUUUAUGAGCUUUCUGACAUUGUAAGUGAGAUCGAGGCUAUCAAAGAAAAUGAGGGAUUCAAAGGUCUUCUAGCCUACUUUGACUCGUCAUCAGGUGUGACACCUAUAGUAAAUAAACUGCCGUAUAACCUACAGGAAAAGUGGACAUCUAGCGCGACGAGGUACAUGGACAGGUAUCACGUGGUAUAUCCACCGUUCAGCCAUUUCUCUGCAUUUCUGAGAGAGCAGAGUAAGAUCAGAAACAAUCCAAGCUUUGCAUACAAUGUAAAACAGGCUACUGUGAGUCUACGUACUAGCCAUCGUGAUGCACAUUAUAUCAGCGCUAGGAAGACUGGCUUGGUAACUGACACAACUGAAAAGCAAUCAGAUGAACCGUGUCCUCUGCACAAUACCAAUCACUCGUUCAAAACAAGUGCAAGAAAUUCAGAGUAA